AUGGAUAAGAGCGAAUGUGCCUUGUGUCAUCGAUGUCGCAAUGUCUUCUUCUGUGCUAGUUGUACGUCUUCCAUGCUGCAGCAACGUCGAACCAUGCUUGCCGCACUCCAGGCAGACGUGGCUGUGCUACGCAAGAAGACCGAGUUUGCACUGAGCACAAAGCAUGUUUACGUAAACGCAGAUAUUCGACUGGAUACAUACAUGAAGCAGGUGGAGCAAUUGGCUGAAAAAGUCAUGAAGACCCGCGAGCAGCUUUGUUCAGAGAGAAUUGCAGUCGUGCAGCGGACAUCAAUGCUGGAAGAGCAAACAUUGCAGAUAGAAAAAGCUCAGCAGAAACUGCGCCAGGCGAGAGAACAAGCGGAAAGUAUUUAUGUUCCAGUUCUCAAGUGUUUGGACUAUCAGGUUCAAUGGGCGGACGAGAAUGCUGCAAAAGUAAGAGGUGAUCGACUUCGUGAGCUAUUCACAUUAUUUGGUUUAAACCCGGAAGAAGAGAGAAAUGAAAAGGACGAGGAGGCGGAUUUAUUGAGUGACCUCUCUGAUGUACGGGAGGACGUGUCGACAGAACAGAGCCAAAGGAAAGUUAGCAUGGCUGUUUCCGUGUACUUCCGGACAAUUUUGGGACUGCCACUGCCAAAAUCUGGCAAGUACGAGAAUGUACCGCCUGAAGUGGUUGCUGCGGCGCUGGGGAAGGUGAUUCAUCUGCUGUAUUGCCUCGUCAAGUAUCUGAAGAUUACAUACCCACAUCCGAUGGAAUUUAAUGGAUCCUUUUCAACGAUUGGAAACAUAAGCGAAGGAGCUGGGUGUCACACAUUGUACCCUGAUGGUAGCGUUGGGUUUGAGCGCGGAGUGAGUAUGCUUUACGAGAAUGUAGCGUUCUUGUGUACCUGUCAAGGUGUGACCAAAAGUGAUAUUCACCCAACCGAUUUGCUUGGGAAUCUUUUGCAAGUCUACAAGUCCCCACGACUUGGAACGUUGUGCGAAAACCAAGAAGCAGUAUCGUCCGACUUGAGCGGAAGCCCAAGCCAGGAUGGCAUAGUGACGCCGGCGCUACUGGAAAACUUGCAAACACUAGGUGGAAGUAUUGAGAUCCUGCCUCACUAUUCAUGA